GAGGUGAAUAUAAAUACAAAGAACUUUGAAUAUUAUGAUAAGAAAGAAUAAAAGGAUUAACAUUUAGGAAUAAGAAUUUCUUUUUUCUUUUUAUAGUAAAGGAAAUAUUUUUUGAGGAUUAAAUUGUUUUUUUAACAAAACUAAAUUUUGGGGGAAUUGGUUUUUGCAUUCAUUUUAGUUAGUUAGGUUAAGAAUUGUUAGUGUUUUUUUCCUUUCCAGGUUAAUUUUAAUUAAUAAAGAUUCAAUCGUUUUUUCUCCUUUGUUCCAAUCACAAUGCACCAGUUGAAAUUGAUUCCAGAUUCUCAUAUGAAGGAGGAUUUUUCUGUAAAGCAUCCACCAAAAAAUGACAAUACGCUUGAGGGUUCUGGGAGUCCACGAAACAGAAAGGUAACAGCCAGAUGGGAUCCAAAUGAAGCUUGCAGACCUAGCAUUGAUGAAGCACCUAUAUUCUAUCCAACUGUUGAGGAAUUUGAGGACACACUUGGUUACAUAUCAAAGAUACGUGAAAAAGCAGAGCCAUUUGGUAUAUGUCGAAUCGUCCCUCCACUUUCCUGGAGGCCACCUUGUCGUCUUAAGGAAAAAGAUAUAUGGGAAAAUGCUAAAUUUUCUACGCGAAUUCAGCAAGUUGACUUACUUCAAAAUAGGGAGCCCAUGAGAAAGAAAUGUAAAAGCCGGAAGCGGAAAAGGAAGAGGCCUUCAAAAAUGGGAGCAUCCAGGAGACAGGUCAAUUCCUGUUCAGAAACUACUUCUGCUUCGGAGGCUGAUGAGAAAUUUGGGUUUCAAUCAGGGUCAGACUUCACAUUUGAAGAAUUUCAGAAAUAUGCGGAUCACUUUAAAGCAUGUUACUUUGAAGUGUCCGACUCGAUGGACGAUAUGAAGCUCAUUGACAUUAAACAGAAGAAGUUUAAACCUUCUAUAGAGGAUAUAGAGGGUAUGAAGCUCAUUGACAUUAAACAGAAGAAGUUUAAACCUUCUGUAGAGGAUAUAGAGGGUAUGAAGCUUAUUGACACUAAACCGAAGAAGUUAAAACCUUCUAUAGAGGAAAUAGAGGGUGAAUAUUGGCGGAUUAUCGAGCAACCAACAGAUGAGGUUGAGGUAUACUAUGGAGCUGAUCUGGAAACAGGAAUUUUUGGAAGUGGGUUUUAUAAGGCUUCAUCUAAGCUUACUGAAGGAGAACAAGAUCAGUAUGUUGAUUCUGGUUGGAACUUAAACAAUUUUCCACGCCUGCCAGGUUCUGUGCUAUGUUUUGAAGAAAGUGAUAUCUCGGGAGUUCUAGUUCCCUGGCUGUAUGUGGGAAUGUGCUUAUCAUCAUUUUGCUGGCAUGUUGAGGAUCACCACCUAUAUUCACUAAAUUACUUGCACUUUGGAGAACCAAAGAUAUGGUAUGGAGUAUCUGGAAGCCAGGCUUCGAAGUUGGAGAGUGCAAUGAAAAAGCAUUUACCUGAUUUAUUUGAAGAACAGCCUGAUUUACUACAUGAACUGGUAACUCAACUAUCUCCUUCAGUUCUAAAAUCUGAGGGCAUAUCAGUGUACCGUGUUGUCCAGCACUCUGGGGAGUUUGUUCUUACCUUUCCUAGGGCAUACCAUGCUGGCUUCAACUGUGGCUUCAACUGUGCAGAAGCAGUGAAUGUAGCCCCUGUUGAUUGGUUAGCACACGGACAGAAUGCCGUUGAGCUCUACAGGGAGCAGCACCGAAAGACAUCUAUAUCGCAUGACAAACUACUAUUGGGUUCAGCUCUGAAAGCAGUCCAAGCCCUUUGGGAGUUACAUCUUGGGAAGGAAACUCCUGGAAAUUUGAGGUGGAGAAAUGUCUGCGGGGAAGAUGGGCUUCUAACUAAAGCAGUUAAGACAAGGGUACGGAUGGAGGAGGAAAGAUUACAAUGCGUUCCAAGUCAAUUAAGAUUGCAAAAGUUGGAAAAGGAGUUUGAUUUGGGUAAUGAGAAAGAAUGUUUCUCUUGCUUUUAUGACUUAUACUUAUCAGCUGCCAGCUGUAAGUGCUCCCCCGAACGAUUUGCAUGUCUUAAACAUGCAAAAGAUUUUUGUUCGUGUGAAAAUGAAGACAGAUAUGUCCUCUUACACUAUACUAUCGAUGAAUUAAACAGACUUGUUGAAGCACUACAGGGAAGUUUGGAAGCUAUAAAAAUGUGGGGUUUUAAGGAACUUGACUUGGUUUCUGAUAGCGACAAUGGCACUCAUAUAUGUAUGGUAGAACAGAAGGGUCAGUCACUCAAAAACAGCUGUUCUAAGCAGAGUGAGAGUCUAUCUGGUUCUCCGAGAACUGAAGAAUUAUGGGGCACCAAUGUCUCCUGCUGUUCAAAUAGUCAAAUAUCUUCAGAAGUAACACAGUCUAACAGCCAUGACAAUGUCACUAACAAUGGAGCUCUAAUUCUGAAGAAUGAAAGUAUGGUGCAACAAGAGAGUUAUAUUGAUUUAAAUCUUGAUUUUAUGUCUGUUGAUCAUGAAAAUGAGUCUCUCCAUGAGUCUAACAGCUCCGAAAACAAAGUUAGCUCAGAAGCUGAAACAAACAUGAUAGAAUUUAAGCAAGAGAAAAUCAGCUGUUCAGGUGCAGGAAAAGAAACAGAUAAACCACAAGUUGGUCAUGUUUGUAAUUCUUCAGAAUUGCAUGACUUUUCAAAAAAAGAUUGCCAUUCCUGUUCAUUACUUGUGGGGGAUAAAUGUGCAUCUAGAAUGAAGUUGUUUGGAGUAGAUAUCUCGCUUUCACGGCCUUCAGUGGUUCCAUCACAAAGCUUUGACACAAAAAUGGUCAAUAGUUCACAUGGGAGACCAUCGAGUACUGACCAAGUCAGUUCAGCAUUUAGUUAUGGUUCAUUUAUUGAACCUCUAAAUUUUGGUUCUGUUAUGUUUGGAAAACUUUGGAGCAGUAGGCAGGCGAUAUACCCAAAAGGAUUUAGAAGCCGAGCUAAGUUCCGGAGUAUACAUGAUCCGAGAAAACUGUGUAGCUACGUUUCAGAAAUUGUGGAUGCUGGGCUACUUGGUCCUCUGUUUAAGGUGUCUUUAGAAGAGUGCCCCAGUGAAACAUUUACAAAUGUUUCAGCAGAGAAAUGCUGGGAGAUGGUUCUGCAACGACUGAAUGAAGAAAUUACACGACGGAGCGCCGUAGGAGAAACAGGACUGCCUCCUGUGCAGCAUUUGCAAAGUAUCAAUGGGCUUGAAAUGUUCGGGUUUCUCUCUUCAUCGAUUAUUCAGGCUAUCGAGGCUCUUGAUCCAAAUCACCGGUGUGUGGAGUACUGGAAUAAUAGGCUAGUAAAAUCGGGUACUAUAAGUGAAGUAGAGCAUUCACUGAUUGGAUCUAGUUGCAUGAUCAUGGAAUCAGAGACAAAAGUUGGCAAUAUUACAGCAUUGACAGAGGAGAUCCGGAAUAAAAGACUAGAACUUGUGUAGUUAGGCUGUCUUGCGCGAGAAGAGAAGUGCAGAAUGUUACAGUAGAAGUGCUCGAGAAGGCGAGUACAUGAUUUCGUGCAGAUGACAUUAUUCUUUGUGAAUUGAGGGCUGCUAUGUUUGGUCCCAUCAUUUUUCAAAAAUAAUUGCAGGUUUAGAUGCUUAAUCAUAUCAAUUUUAGGUCCAUUCUUUCAUAAGAUAUUCAUAACAGGACAGAUGUCCUGGGCAUGAUAUGCAAACAAAUGUUUGCACCAUGCUUACCUAUGACAUAGAGAAUCUUCAUCUGCUGAUCCUCUUGACUGAUAUAACAAAGGAUAGCUUGUAUAUUUAGGAGUAUUCUACUAAUAUUUAUCAAAUAUAAGCUUAUUUUUAUUCUCGGUU